GUGCUCCGUGCAGGAUGCUGAAUUGUAGGUGAUGAUGGCGGAAGAGGAGCAGCGUUGAGUUUCCUCUGAGUUCGUCUCCCAGCUGUCGAAUCCUCCACAACAUCGUUUCUCUUCGUCGAGACGUAUCCCGACACGAUGGGGAACGAGGCGAGUAUGGAAGGGGAGGGACAGCCGGGACAGACCAGCCCUGCCGUCCCUGCAGCGGGGGCUCCGACUACCAUUUCAGCACCACCGGACUCUGGACAGCUCGUCAAGCCGAGCAAUGGAGCACCAGCCGGAGGAAGUGGGGCUGCACCCGGCCCGGGGAUUAACAGAGCCUCUGUGGAUCAGGGAUUUAAAGCAGGAGUCCAGAGCAGUCAAGGACCAGGAGACAGAUUGGCCACCCAUGACACAUUACAGUCUGCACCGCCUCACAGUGACCAAGGACAGGGUCAUGUGGCCAGGAAGAGCCUGCAUGUGGACGUGGGGAGCAGCAGGACUGGGAGGUCUCCAUCAGUGUCUCCGGAUCGCGGCAGCGUCCCCACAUCUCCUUAUUCUGUGCCUCAAAUAGCACCCAUGCCCAGCAGCAAGCUGUGUCCCGUCUGCAAAACCAACGACCUGAGUGGCGUCGGGGACUGCAAGCCAAACGUCAACACCUGUACACAGUGCAGCUCCGUGGUGUGCAACCAGUGUGGCUUCAAUCCCAACCCUCAUCUCACAGAGGUUCAAGAGUGGCUGUGUCUUAACUGUCAAAUGCAGAGGGCAUUGGGGAUGGACAUGACCACGCCUCGCUCCAAGAGUCAACAGCAGAUACAUUCACCUUCUCAAACAGCCAAACCAGAACUCAAAUCUGAUCCUUCACAUCAACCCCAGCCUCCACCUCAAACUCAGACUCCUCCUCAUCCACAACCGCAGACACAAGGGCAUCCUGUAUCGGGCCCUCCCAGACAGACUGGCCCUGGAGGCCCAGGUCGGCAACAGCCGCGGUUGCCUCCAGGUUCGGUUCCUCUUCACGGCAUAGCCAAGGCCCCUUCUCAGCCAGAUUUGUCGCACAACUCACCUGCCCACCAGCCUCAUCAUCCCCGCCAGGACCAAACACGCAGUGCGGGGAGCUCCCCAUCACGACAACCCCCACCACCAGAGCAGACUUUUGGAAAGCUGUUUGGCUUUGGUGCUUCUCUCCUUAACCAGGCUAGUACUCUAAUAUCAGAGACCACACAACCACAGCAACAGCCCCCCAAACCAGCCCCCAAGCCAGUUGGACAGCCCGCUUCAGCACCGGGGCCAAAUAAACCCUCCGGACCACAGCCUGCCCAACAGGGCCCACGACCUCAAGCUCAACAGCAACAGCCCCCUCCCUCAGCCCCCACUAAACCCAAACCGUGUUGUCCCCUGUGUAAGACAAGCUUGAAUGUUGGAAUCACUACGGAACAACCCAACUUCAACACCUGCACUCAGUGCCAUUCACAAGUCUGCAACAUGUGUGGAUUCAAUCCCACUCCGCACCUUGUUGAGAAGAAAGAGUGGCUUUGUCUCAACUGCCAGACACAGAGAGCUUUAUCGGGAAGCCUGGGACAUACUUCACCGACUGCUGCUCAGCCUCCAGGAUCUCCCAGACCACAAACAGCCAGUCAGCAACCUCAUCAGCAGAUAGGUCCGAAUCAACCUUCAGUUCCACGGACCUCUGGUCCUCCGCAGCAACAGAAAACACCGGGUCCUAAAGUAAGUGGGCCUGCCUCUCCUGUGAAACAGACUGGGUCAAACAAGGGGGUUAGCCAGGCUUCCCCUCAAAACAAGGGUUCUGCACAACCCAUUUCACAACCCAAAGCUCAAGGGAAAGGUGGUCCAGUACAACCUUCGGCUCAAAGUAAGGGGCCUGGUCAAAUUAAAGGUGUUAGUCAGUCUCAAGCUCCUAGCAAGAGUCCUGCUCAAUCUGUUAACCAGGCAAGGGGUCAGGCUAAAGGGCAGGGCCAGUCAAAGGGUUCGACCCAGCCUCAGACAAAGGUUUCUUCUCACCCCUCCGGCAAUAAGCCUUCUUCAAACUCCAGUGCAGCAGCUGGCACUGCCAAGGCCUCCCCCACCCCUUUAAAAUCAGCUUCUGCUCAGUCUAAGUCCACAGGUAACAACCAGACUCGUAAACCACAGAACCAGGAGAAGACAAAAGGUUCUUCUAAAUCUCUAAAGGAGGAUGUGAAGGCCUCAACAAAGAAGGCGCAGUCAGAGACUGUCACUUCAAAAGACAUGAAGAUAACUGAAGAGACACAGAAGUCAAGACAACGUGAAGAAUGCAUCAAAUCAAGUACACAGAGUCUAAGCGACACUGGAUACUCUUCAGAUGGGAUAUCUAGCUCCCUAGGCGAGAUUACUGGCCAUGUCCAAGAGGAAGGUGUUAAACUCAGUGAGAGGGGGGUGUCCAUCCCUUCCGAAAUUAACAAGCUGGAGAACUCAAUGAAGCCUCUGUUGGAGUCACAGAUGGGAUCAGAUCAGCAAGACAGGCCACAUUCACUCACUGUUAGCAAGGAACGGGAUUAUCGAGCAGAUGAUGACUUAGCACGUGAUGAUUCAGAGGAUGAGCUCAGCUGUAAGCUUCGCCAUGAUUACGUGGAGGAUAGUAGCGAAAGUGGCCUUUCCCCGUUGCCAGUUAGGCAAAAAAAGAUGCAUAAAGACGCAACGGAUGAGGAAUUCAUGAGGAGGCAAAUAAUAGAAAUGAGUGCAGAUGAGGAGGAGUUAGAAGAGUUUGAAAAUCAGAAAACAAAGAGGAUUCAUAAAAGUGGAGACCUAAGCAAGGAGAGACGGCGACUUACUCAUCAUUCCAACAGUUUUGAAGAUGAAAGUAAAGAAUCAGGAAGUGGUUAUAAGGAGGAAGAGGAUAUCGUUAUGGCUGGAGGACUCAGACGGUUUAAGACUAUCGAGCUGAAUAAUACUAGCAGCUAUAACAGAGACAUGGAGCUCAGCACCGAGCAUGAUCUGCGAGAGCCAGAGCUAGAGAUGGAGAGUCUGACAGGUUCUCCAGAAGAGCGAUCCAAAGGAGAAUAUUCCUCAACCCUACCUGCGACUACUCCCAGCUACACCUCAGGGACAUCUCCAACAUCUGUGUCCUCGAUGGAGGAUGACAGUGACAGCAGUCCCAGUAGAAGGGCAAGACUCGAGGAAGCAAAGCAGCAAAGGAAAGCCCGUCAUCGGUCCCACGGGCCCCUGCUUCCCACAAUAGAAGACUCAUCCGAAGAGGAUGAACUAAGAGAGGAGGAAGAGUUACUCAGGGAGCAAGAGCAAAUGAGAGAUCUGGAGCAGCAAAGGAUUCGAAGCACUGCUCGAAAAACAAAGAGAGAUAAGGAGGAAUUACGGGCACAACGACGGCGGGAAAGAUCUAAAACACCUCCAAGUAAUCUAUCUCCUAUUGAGGAUGCAUCACCUACAGAGGAACUGCGACAGGCUGCAGAAAUGGAGGAGCUGCACCGAUCAUCGUGCUCUGAAUACUCACCCUCAAUGGAUUCUGAGGCAGAAGGCUUUGAAGUAAUUGGUGGCAAACUGUACAAAUCUGGGAAUGAAUACAACCUUCCGACUUUUACCUCGCUUUACUCCCCAACAGAAAAGAGCACUACAAUGCCACCCUCAGAUAAAACACUGAAGAGUGCCGAUGAGGUCUAUGAAGAGAUGAUGAAAAAGGCCCAGCUGAUGCAAAGACAAGGGCAUAUUGCCACGUCUCAGAAAGGACAGUCGGACAAUAGACAACACCUUGAAGCCAGUACUGUCUUGACACCUGGCUCAAGCCCGACACAAGUUACAGCCCCAAUGUCCUUUACCACUGGAAGUGACCCCAGAAUAUCUGGCAUUCAUGCAGCUCAACAUCUCUCAAAGGAAACACAAAACAGGAUGAUGACACAAAGUGCCAAAAUUGAAGGUGUUGUUGGGGUUGCAGCAACAAAAGCCCAAGUCAGUCAGUCAACUACAUCACGAGGUACGAGCAGCGUAGGUUCAGGUAGCAAUAAAACAACUCCGCACGUAUCCCAGACACUGCCUGAUACUGGAGCCUCCUCUCUGACCUCUAAGGUCUUUUCUCUUUUCAAAGGCCCCAGUCCUCCAGUCUCCCCUACAACUUCUCCUGCGACUAGCCCAACUCAUAAACCUGCUGUGCGGCCAGGGAGUACCAGUGGGAGGCAGUUGCCAUCUUUGCCUAGUCAAACAACCCCCGCUCAACAACCCCAAAGGGCGGUUUCACCUCGACUAGCACGCCAACAAUCUUCACAAGAAUCACCUGUGAUGGUCAUAACUCUUGGCUCUGAAAAAACAAGUACUCCCAAGCCUCUAACUGUAAAUUCUUCCACGUCCCCUUUGUCAUCCCCUACACAGAUAGGCGGUAAAAUGUUAUACAGCGUCCAAGCGACAAGUUCUCCAAACUCAUACCAAAUGCAUACCUCGCAACAGUCGCAGUUAUCACAAAUUGCUUACAAUGUUGAAAAGGUGAACGUUGGCAUUAGUACUGUCACCAAUCCAAGUAGCCAUGGAUCAAACACCAGCAACACGUACAAAGAAGUGGGUCAUUCACCGAAUGUGGUCGACCUGAGGGCUCCGUUACGAUCAGCUCCAAUUAUAAUGACGGACCAAGGAAUGGAUUUGACAUCACUGGCUACGGACACAAGAAGGUACUCGUUGGGAACAGAACAACCAUCCGGUCGGCACACUGCUGUCCAACCUCUGAUUAUGAAUCUCAAUGCACAAGAGCAGCCACAUGUGUCAGUUUCUACUCCAACUACAGUGAGUGUUACCGUCGCAGGCUCAAUGUUCAUGUCCCAAACAAAACAGCCAACUGUCUACGGAGAUCCUUUACAAAAUCGUGUGGAUUUGGGGCAAGGAGUGGGAUCAGCAGUGUGCCUAUCCCAAGUAGACCACAAAUAUCAGACCCUUCCAUUCCGAAAAUUGAUGCCUGUCUUGAAAACCUGGGUAUACAACAACAACAACUCCAACUACAACAACAGAAGCUCCUUCAACAGCAACAGCUUCUUGAGCAGCAGCUGCAGCAGCAUCACCAACAGUCGACCUUUGCUCGUUAUAAUUUAGCUAACCAGGUGCAGCCACUGGUCACAAAGAAGGACAUCUCAGUUAGCCCCACUGGGAGCUCUCAGACUGCAGUUACUACAAAUGCCAUCGUCAGAAAUCCAUCUUUAGUAUCCCAUUCAGUGGCUGGUACUGCUAUUCCAAGUUCACC